AUGCCGCCUCCGCCUCAGAUGCAGGGAAUGCCCGGUGGCGAACCCACCGUAUUCCAAAAGAUCAAGAUGGGUGCGAUGACGGGCACGCUGGUCGGUCUGACGAUCGGAUUCAUCGGUGGCGGUAUCCAGAUUCUGCGUGCAGGUCCGGGGCCAAGGGGCGCACUCGGAACGCUCUCGCAGUUCAUGCUCAGCUCCGCAGCCACGUUCGGCUUCUUCAUGUCCAUCGGCACCGUGCUCAGGACCGAGGGGAUCGAGGCCAACCCGCACCUCACGCCGGCUCAGAGGAUCGUCGCGCUCAGACAGCACGAGUUGCUCCGCGAAGCCGCCAGGAACGGCGUCCACAUCCAGGACCGAAAGUAA